GUGCGUUAGUGCCGGUACCACUUCCACCCCCCACCAAGCGGCCAAGCCAACCGAACCUCCAUGGCCACCCGCCGGGACGUGAAUGUGGAAGUGCGCCUCGCCGCCACGACGGAACAUCGCGGCGGCUUGCUGGCUACACGGAGCCCGGAGCCGUCGGCAGCUCACGACGAUACGCAAAUGCCGCGAGAGGCAGCAGAUCUCUCAUCGUUGAAGGAGGCUCUCGACACUGCAACAUUGGAGGAAUCGUCUUCCUCUCUGCAGGUGGAUGCAGCAUCUCAUGAUCACAUUGGAGGCCGCUUGUCUCCUGGUCCUGGGCCACUCAUUACGUCUCGGAGACCUUGUGGUUGGGCCAAGACAUUUAUCAUCAGAACUGAUCGUGAGGGAUCUGUUCAUAUGUAUCCUCCUAUUGGUGGGCCAUUUCAGAGCUUACAGGAGGCUGAUGAUGCUAUUGUUCGCCAUCUUGAUGACCUGCGGGAUAAGACAGUGUGCCUAGCUGACCUUUCCUUGAUGGAGAAAGCUGUACGACAUGCUCUUUACUGGCCUGAUGGCACAAGGAAGAAGCUUUCAAAGUCAUCAGUAGAUCCGGAAAGGAUUAAUCAUACACGCCUAUUGGUUCAAGCUCUACUGGACAAAUAUAAUGAAGACCACAAUCUUUUGGAGAACCUUGCGUAUGAACUCAAAGAUAUUAUGUGCAUCCGAUCAAUUUGUGAGGGCAGCCCCCAUAACUGUAAGUGGUACUAUCAUCUAAAUUUCACCGCAAGGACUAAAGGAGACGAUGAAUUUCACAGUGGCACCGACAAUCUGUUCUUUGCCGAAGUCACACGUAUCGGAGGACAGUAUAAGGAGUUUGCGCUCAGCUGUUUCUACAUUCUUAAACCGAAUGAUAAUGGUCACUGCCGUGGUUGUACAUAUAACAAAAUGGUAAACCUGAAGCACCCUAAUGAUGCUGAUGAAUUCUCUGGUGGUCACUUAGAUCCAUAUUUGCCGUAUGGCGGUGACACUACUAUACAAUAUAGCGGCUCUGAUGAGAAUUUGGACACCGAGGAGGAGGAAGCUAGGUUGCAAGCUAAAGAGGAGGCUCGGGUAAAGCAUAUAUACGCGUGCCUAGAUGAUCCAAGUUUUUUGGAGCAAAUGAGAAGGCGCUUCAAAGAUGAUCCGCGUGCCGAAACAUUUUUUCAGCCAAAAAGAAGACGAGGUCCUCAGCAUGCAACACCAUUACCGAACCAGCAGGAUGCAAUGGAAGACUGAAGCGGCUGGAUGCGACUCCACCUACUUAUUUGCCUCGUACUAAUUUCGAAGAUAGUAAUUAUGUAGAAAUACUAAUGGCCAGGGAGGGAGGGAGAAAUACAUUGGAACCAGCAAGGCGCAAGGUUUGUUGUCUGUGCAUACGCUGCUGUUCAAGAUGGUGCAAACAUGACA